AUGGAAAUUGCUCAUAUAUUAAAUUCUAGAGACUUUACGCCGGAUUGCAAGAAAUGUACCUAUCUAAUAGAUAUCUCUCAAGAAAAAAAGUUGGAAAGCUCGUUACCUACAGAGACUUCCUUUCUUCCUGAUGCGAGAAACCAACAUCAAACGACAUUGACUACAAAGGGCAAAGCGCACAAAAAAAGGCAAAUUUUUGCACCUUUGGCCACAAAUUCAAUUAAUUCAAUCGACACAAGGUCAUGCGAAUCAAAGUCACUGAAGGAACAACAAGCCAUAAAUUCUCGAAAGCAUUCGUCGGCAAUCGCUAAAACUCGAAAAAUCAGCGACCCUAUUUACAAUAGAGAUGAUAGGAUGCUUGAAUGGGUUUAUGCGCAACGAAAAGAGUUUCCGAAUCGCCGAUUUUAUUUUGACGACAGCGUCAAGACAAAUAAAAAUCAGAUGAAGCAGGGUAUCAAAAUGCUCGGAGCUGAGCACGUUUCAUUCUACGAUGUUGAAAAAGUAACGCAUAUAGUCACCUCAAGAGAAGUGCCGAAAGAAGAUAACAAGGAAAAUAAACAGCGUGAAUCACACGAAGACAUCAACGAAAAGGUCGACAUGACUCUUUGUUUGCCCAAGGGAACAAGCAUGUCAACAACAAAAAUCGCGCAAAAAAGACCACUCGAGUCAACCAAGGUCAACAACAUAAGUGCUGCACAACCAGGCACGCAGAGGAAGAAAUUGAAAACACCUAGAGCCAAUGCAGGAGGGGGCGGAUUACGGGGAGGUUCCAAAGAGAAUGUUAAUAUUUUAUCACAAUUUUUUCCUAAGCAAAACCAAAAUGGUACAUUGACAACCAAGGAGAUAAAAGCCGCGUCCAAAAGACCUUUUGAAUCAGGCCUGCAGAAACUUAACGUUGACAAAAAAUUGUUAGAAUCCAUCAAUGCUAACGCAAUGACGGACAUCGAUCUUGCUGCUGCUCAAAGGA